AUGUGUAAAUGUACGAAUUUUCCACUUUUUGCAUUAAUUGAUACGAAUUAUUUAUCUAAACCACGAUCAUUAUUAAAUCAAGAUUUAUUUUGUACAUAUUCAAGUGAAUAUAUAAAUGAAACAAAAUUAACAACAUUUGAUCAAUUUAAAUAUUUUUAUUAUCGUUUUCGUACAUUAACAUUUGCAAAUUAUCCAUUUAUACCAACAAAAGCAUUUCGUUUUAUUCAUUUUGAAAGUCAAACUGUUAAAAAAACCCAUAAAAUAAAUAAUCGAAAUGUUAUUGCAUUUGUUAAUAUUAAACAAACUCAUUCAGGUAUAUUUGAAGAAUUAAGUCUAUCAGAUUCUCAGGAACAACUUAUUAUAUCAUUUCUUAAUUCGCCAUUAUUAAUCUAUUCUAAUGGUGCUCUUUCAAAAUUGAAUUGCUACGAAUUAAAAUUAUAUAAUACAAAUCCAAAAAUUCCAAUCGAUUUUUUUAAUGACACUCUCUUUAUUCAUCAUUUAAUUAUUGAUAAUCCUUCAUUUACUGGUUUUCUUCCAUCAUCAAAUACAUUUACUUUUCAAGUUUAUCAACUUUCAAUAAAAGAUAUUAGUGUUCGUCAUUUACAAGGAAAACAUUUUCCUAUUAUAUUUAAUUCAGUCAAAGAAUUACAACUUGAAAAUUAUUAUGUUAAUGGUGGUUUUCGGUCAUUUAAUAAUCGAGAAUUAGCUCAACGAUUUCCACAAUUACGAUCAUUAAAAAUAUUUUCACGUUCAAUUCAACAUAUAACUAAGCGAAUGUUUGAACAUCUGAGUCAAUUAGAAUAUUUAAUAUUAGAUGGUAUAACAACAAUUGAAAAUGAAGGUUUUUUUAAUUUAUAUCAUUUACAAGAACUAAAUCUUGGUCGAAAUAUUCUUCGUCUUGAUCCAUAUGCAUUUUUACAUAUGAAUACAAAUUUACUUUUAUUAAAUGAAAGUACUGAUUUUCAAGUAAACGAUGAAAAACAUUUUUGUGUAUUUGCUCAAUUUUCUCCAUCAACUAAUUUAAAAACAUUUGUACAAUUUCCCAAAAAUUUACAUAGAUGUUCAUGUACUACACGUUAUUUAUAUCGACAUAUAGAUAAAUCAUUUAUGUCAAUGACACCAAAUUGUUAUUCAAAUUCUAGUUUAUAUAUUUUAGCACAAGAAGAACGUCUAUGUUAUUUUGAACAACGUCUACUUCAAUGUCAUGUUUUACCAGACGAAGGUAUAACUAUCUAUGGUAAACAUUAUAAUGUUUCAUAUUUUUAUCAACAACAAACAGCAAAACAACGUAAUCAAUUUACGAUGAUUUAUCGUUAUAGAAUUUACUUUCUUGUAUUAUUACCCGUGUUAAUUAUUAUUAUAUGUUUAAUUGUAUUUAUAAUACGACAACAAAAACGACAUAAUAGCAGUACAUACAGACAUUUAAAUCGUUUAAUAAAACGACAAAGAUUAACAAGAAAUGAUAAUGUAACAAUGGAUAUAAUUUAUCAUCAUACAAAUGGUCAUCAAGAUCUUAGAUCAUCAACAAUACCUAUUUCAACCAAAGUUUAA